AUGCCAUGCAGCAAGUCGUGGCGAAUGCGUGAGCCGAACGCCGGCGGCGCCUCGCAUCGUCAUGGACAUUUCGCUCGACCCACGGCUACGGCAUACACUGAUGGUGGCACUGGCAAGCAUGCUCGACAAGACUGGCGACGCCGUCGUCUGGCCGGCCUCGACAACGGCAGCCGGUCCAACUCGAGGCCGAGCCCGCCACCGCCGGCAAGGUACGGGCUCAAAAAGUCAAGUCAAGUCAAGGGGGAUGCUGGCCUGAUCGAGAGGUUCACAGUCUGCGUGCGCUUGGGCAUUUCCGGUGGUCGGGUGGCCGCGCAAACCUUUGCUACCCUCCGCACCAUGGCUUCCGUCUUCGAAGAGACAAAGGCCAUUGCCGGCUCCCAGUUGGUCGAAAUCAUGGACACGAGCGAGAGAGUUGCGUAG